GUUUCUCGAACUUGUGGGCCAAGACAUCGGCCACUUAGGCAUGUCUUUGUUAGUUUGCUUGUUGUCUAGCUAAACUUAUUCUAACAGGAAACAGGUUGGAAAACUUACUUGCUGAUAUCUAGGUUAUCUUUUGCCUUUGCGAAAUAUAUGAUUAUGUUGUUAAGUGUGAUUCUUUAUGGGAUCUUCUUUCAUUUGGGAUCUACGGCCUUUGUGUUUGCUUAAUUUCUGAAUUCAUGAUUUUUUCUUUUGAUUUUGGUGAAUAAUUUCCUUUACAUUCGAUUUAUUUUUGGUUUGUAGCUGUUGAAUUUACUGAUCAGAUCUGUGGUGAAUCUUGCAUGAAGCUUUGUUUAGCCUAAUUGUGUUCGCACUAGGGAGAAUAUAUGUUAGUUGUAAUUUGAAAUAAAUAAAUAUUUAUUUGGGAUUUGUAGAAUCAUUGAGUGUCAGUGAUAAGUUGUAUCCUGUUUUUGAAAUUGAAUUAUCUGAAAGAAAAGUGGAGUUUCUACAUCCCAUACCUUCUAGGUACUAUUUGGAAUGUUAUACUGUUUAUGGAUAAAGUAGCAUUUGUAGAGUUUUCACUCUUAAGAUAAGAUGGUAGUGUUAUGUUAUGGAUGCUUUACUUGUGUUAAUGUUUAGCCAUUUUCUAUAUUUAUGUCUUUUUUUUUAAUCAGUUAUUCUAUAUUAUGUUUGGGUAAGUUUGUAUGGAAUGUGACCUGAUUUAUUUCACAUGUUUUAUCUGUUUAUUGUGGAAUGGACUGUUCUUUCUCGUUGCAGUCUUCUCUCAACAGUUCAGCUUCAAACCUUCCAGAUAAUACUGGGCGAUCUUUUUCUUCUUCUUUCUCUGGUCAGUCUGGUGCGGCCUCCCCUGUUUUUCAUCACUCUGGAACACUUCAAGGGCUACACAAUAUUCAUGGGAACUUUAAUGUUACCAACAUUCCUGGUACACUAACAUCAAGAAACUCAGCACUAAAUAAUGUUCCUUCUGGGGGAGUUCAACAACCUACUGGCAGCCUUUCUAGUGGGCGUUUUGCAUCAAAUAAUCUUCCAGUUGCUCUCUCCCAGUUAUCUCAUGGAAGCUCACAUGGACAUUCAGGGGUCGCAAAUAGAGGAGGUAUAAGUGUUAUAGGAAACCCUGGAUUUAGUAGUAGCACAAAUGGAGUUGGCGGUUCUAUUCCUGGAAUUCUCCCAACCUCUGGUGCAAUUGGUAACCGGAAUGCUGUUCCAGGAUUGGGAGUAUCCCCAAUUUUGGCAAAUGCAGGUCCUCGGAUUACAAGUUCCAUGGGAAACAUGGUUGGUGGGGGCAACAUUGGGAGGAGUAUAGGCUCUGGUGUCGGAUUAUCUGUUCCUGGUCUUGCCUCUCGGCUAAACUUAGGUGCAAAUAGUGGAUCCGGAAGUUUGAAUGUUCAAGGACAAAAUCGAUUGAUGAGUGGUGUACUUCCACAAGGUUCUCCACAGAUGCUUUCUAUGCUAGGAAAUUCCUAUCCCACUGGUGGAGGUCCCCUUUCUCAAGGCCAUGUCCAAGCAGUAAAUAACUUAAACUCUAUGGGGAUGUUAAAUGAUGUGAACUCUAAUGAUACACCUUUUGACAUCAAUGACUUCCCACAGUUGACAAGUCGUCCUAGUUCUGCUGGAGGGCCCCAAGGACAAUUGGGUUCGCUACGAAAACAAGGUCUUGGUGUUAGUCCUAUUGUUCAACAAAACCAGGAGUUUAGCAUUCAAAAUGAAGAUUUUCCCGCUUUACCUGGAUUUAAAGGUGGUAAUGCAGAUUAUGCAAUGGAUAUGCACCAGAAAGAACAACUUCAUGACAAUGCCGUGUCAAUGAUGCAAUCACAGCACUUCUCUAUGGGGAGGUCUGCUGGAUUUAACUUGGGGGGAACGUAUUCAUCCCAUCGUCAGCAGCAACAACAACAUGCCCCAUCAGUCAGUAGUGGUGGUGUCUCUUUUUCAUCUGUAAACAAUCAGGAUCUUCUCCAUUUACAUGGCUCAGAUAUAUUCCCAUCCUCACAUUCGGCUUAUCACUCCCAGACCAGUGGGCCUCCUGGCAUUGGACUAAGACCUCUAAAUUCUCCAAAUACUGUGUCUGGUAUGGGAUCAUAUGACCAGCUUAUCCAGCAGUAUCAACAGCACCAGAACCAGUCUCAGUUUCGGCUGCAACAAAUGUCAGCUGUCAAUCAGCCAUUCCGGGAUCAGGGCAUUAAACCCAUGCCGGCUGCUCAAUCUGCUACAGAUCAAUAUGGUUUGCUUGGCUUGUUAAGUGUAAUUAGGAUGAGCAAUCCUGAUCUGACAUCCCUUGCACUUGGAAUUGACCUUACUACACUAGGGUUGAAUUUGAAUUCAGCAGAAAAUCUUCACAAAACUUUCGGUUCUCCCUGGUCUGACGAGCCAGUUAAGGGUGAUCCAGAGUUUACUGUGCCACAAUGUUAUUAUGCUAAACAACCACCUGUUCUACAUCAAAGUUAUUUUUCGAAGUUUACGGUGGACACUUUAUUUUACAUAUUUUACAGCAUGCCGAAAGAUGAAGCCCAAUUAUAUGCUGCAAAUGAACUUUACCUUAGAGGCUGGUUUUAUCACAAAGAGCACCGACUAUGGUUUAUAAGAGUCCCCAACAUGGAGCCGCUUGUUAAGACACCUACAUAUGAGAGAGGAGCUUAUCACUGUUUUGAUCCGAACAAAUUUGAAACAAUCCGCAAGGAUAAUUUUGUUGUCCAUUAUGAGAUGUUGGAAAAGAGACCGUCACUACCUCAACAUUAGCAAUGCCCCCUUUGUUUAGCAAACAAGAUCCUACUUACAAUGUAAAGUUUGAGUUUAUUCGUUAGAAACCUAGUUAGUUUGCUGCAUCAAUGUUCCUUGUAUCCGGCAAUUGUAAGCAAUUGUCUUCUCAAUCUCGUUCCACUGAUCUUUAGUGGCAUCAUUUUCGUUUACAUAAAUAUGCUCUGUUCUUUGUCACUUUAAUUGGCGACCUUGCCCCUUUGACUGUAUAAUUACGCAGUUAACCA